GAAUAGCCUUGCGCAGAGGUCUUGUGUUUCUCACGGCCGCACGCCAUUGUACGGGUACCUAGCACCCGUUGAUCUUUUACUGACGCCGCCUUUCGCCCUCGCAACUCUCGUCAGAAGCAGUUUAAACAGAUCGCGAAACGGACGAACGAGUUGCACAGGACCCGGAUGUGGUAGCAAGUAGUGACGUGCCAACGAUCGUGUUUGCUGUGUCACAGGGUGAAAACUCACCCGCGAGAGGACGCCACGCGACAGCACACAGAGAGAAACGAAAGUGACAUAAAACAGAUUGUAGCAAGAGUCAAGAGGACGAGUGAAGUGUGGAUUGAGUAGCAGGACAGAGUGAUGGACGAGACCUGACGACAAUAAUGGCUUCUAGAGAUGGAUGAGGGAAAAGGUGGAGAUUGUCCGGCACCACCUUCAUGGUUUUGCAAGGGCACAAGAAACAGAGAGUGAAGGGAAAAGGAAGACAGGAAAGAAGCAAAGAUGAGUGAAGGCAGUCGGUUCAAAGUCGAUUGCCGUUAGGGAACUCGCUACAAGAAGAAAUAAGAAAAAAGUACAAAUGAUAUGUCGAGUUCUCGAAGUACAGUUGGCAUUCGUGGCACUGAAGUCGAUAACGUUGGCGAGAAGAGCGGGUGGAUUGUCUUCAUAGCGGGGACCGAUUGUGUGCACCCGGCCGACACUGAGCGCGUCACACUUGGUAAGACGAGACUUGCGAGUGAGAAGAGAAGAACGAAGGGAGGCAACUCCAAGUGAGUGAGAGAGAGACCAGCACAUCUGCUGAGAGUAAGGACAAUUUGCAUAGAGAAGUCUUUAGUCAAGGAAACGGAGAGAUCAUCGCUCCUACUCCGUGGGCAUCGACUUGCCUCUCGAGCUGACCCACGACGACGAUGACCUCCGUGAUUCCAGCCUCGCGAGCGACGGAAGCUUUGAACGAUCUGCGGAGCUAGCUCCACCUGACGUUGUCUGACGUGAUCACGUGUGUGUGUGUCACCUGCUGCGAAGGAGCGUAUGGUGCAACGGUGCCUCGGUGCAGCAGGGCUCCCCGCAUCACGUAUGACGUCACAUGUGACGUCAUUUAUUAUCUCAGCCUGCCUCUGCACCAGCAGCACGCGGGAGAAACUGUGCCCUCGGAACAUGAAUGCGCGCACUCCUGCCAUUCCUGUCGAAGUGGCAACAGAUGUUGGACAGACGACCAUCGCGUGUUGCGAAAGACGUUGCAGGGGGAAGAACAUCGGCGCUGGACUCGUCAGUCGACGGUUGGUGGUGUGCGUUCAUUAGCCUUCCUCCUCCCCACUGAACAAGCACAGACUACAUGCGAGUGGGAUGAUGAUCGAACACUUUCCACCACCCAGCUGUCGUGUGGGUGAGCAGCGUGGGUGAAACAUAAACCCGGGUACCGACAGCUUCACGUGUCAGCUGCCGGCAAUACAAAGACAUAAAAAGGACACGUUGCCUGACACAACCGUUAUCGGUCCUUAGUUCACAUCCAUUAGCGCUAACAUCGCGUCAGUUAUUGUUGUCAUCGCGACAUCCCCCCUGUCGGAUUAUUACAGACUGUGUAAUCUUCGUACACUUUGCCCGGAGGGUCCGCGUCGGAACUUGGCGUCGACGGCUGCGGAGGGAGCGGGGAUGAAGUGAAGCCUGGAUGGUGUUAUUUAUGUCAGUGCCUGAAGGUACUAAGGUCGUCGGCUGACUCAACAUCCUGGCUGCUGUUUUGGUACCCGACUGUUGACGAUGAGCCGCAGAUGCGACGCUAACACAAUUCGCCUCCAGACCUGACGAGACCUUACGAUCCAUCCUGCAGCCUGACGGUGGCGCUCGCCUUUCCUCCCUUCGAUCAUUCGUGGACGUCGUCUGCGUCUUUCAGGAUGUGUAAUCGGAUUGCGUCGAGGGUUUGACUUCAAAAAGAGAAGAUUUAUUGACUGAGUAGCAAGCAAUGUACUUGUAACGGCAGGAACAGUCGUUUUUUGAAAAAAUAAUUCUACUUCUGGAACAGAAACGGUUAUCAAGUGCAGUGUCGAACCGUCUGUAUAUAUUUUGUACUCAUCGCUUGUCAGCUUGUAGACGAGAGUGAAGCUUGAGAACUGUUGUUUUGUGUUAUCAUGAUGCUCCUCGACACUUUCUUCCUUUCAUCAUGUCUCUCCUGCACUGAUGACUGAAGAUCUUCAUCGUCGCGUUGGUUGUAAACCUCGGAAGUCAGUAACCUUCACUCCAUCUUGUGACCUUUUUUUCCUGAACCCCCAAGCAGUUUGUUUUCGCCGUUUUCCACUCUGUGUUGUGACACACUUAUGUCAGCAUACAAACUCAACCCCCGUUACUUAUCUGAUCACCAUCCUGGAGUUUAUCCAAGGUGGGUUUUUUUUUUAUUAACCUUCCCACCCCCACUUGAGGAGAAUAUGGUGGUUAUCUUUCUUCGCGGAAGACUUUCACCUUCUUUGACCUAUUACAUCAGGAGAGAGGAGCGAACGCAUGCCUACAAAGUGAUGCAGUCAGCUGUCGAAGGAUAUAUAAUGUGAGGAGAGUGAGAGAUUCUACAGUCGCUUCUCGACUUUCCGCCGUUAAACCGACGUGUCCGACUUUUCUAAACCCUCGACCAGGAAUGAGAUGGGCGGGGCCAGGAUUUGUUGACGUUUAGUCGCGUUGUGCCAGCAUCUCACUGAGACUGAAAAGACGAAGGAAAAAGAAAUAAUUUCGAAAGGACAAGAAUUAGUUACAAGAGGAACAAAAUAUUAACGCGCUUUUCCUCCAUUGCUGGACUUGUUCGCUUGGUUUGGCACGAAGGGUCAUCAGAGGACAUUGAAGAGGUGACACAGAUUUUACCUCCCAUUACGUCACAGUUUAACCGACCAGACAAUGUCCUUCACCUUUGUCGAGGGGCGUUAAGUACGUGUCAACAGAUAAGCGUCAUCAGUGUCGCGGACGCCAACCACUUCCGUGUCGCGGUGACCUGUGUCAGAGGUCGCGUCCUCGUGUGGGAGGAAUUUUGAGUCAUAUAACUCAUAGACAGGUGUGUGGGUGCGUGGGUUGAGUAAAAAAAAAACACGUCACUGAUUAACAGCAGAAAGAAGUGCAUCGUUAUCCCGGACGCGACCUGAACUGUUUGAUUUCACGUCCACGAUGGAGGGUUUGGCGCGUGCAAGCAGCUUGAAGCAGCGAAGGGUGAUGCGCGUGCAGCGCUUCGUGCAGCGGGAGGAGAACGUGCACGUGCUGCAGGGAGCCUCCGAGGACAGUGUCGUAACCUCCGCCACCCCCGGGGUGGAGAGCGGCCAGUGUCAAGGCCUCAGCCUGCAAGCAGUCUCCGUGACACGUCAUCGGUCCUUGUCCAGCUCCAUCAUGGAGGUUCGCAGCGACAGCUCCGGGUCUUCCACCACCACGACCACCACAGCCGUCUGCAGGAGCAGCCCAGUGUCCCCACUGCCGCCAGUGUCGCCACCUGCUGCAGGCGCCUUCCGACGGGUGCACCGACCCUCGUUCCUGGGUGGAUUGAGCCGAGCGAGGUCUUUCAGGCGUGAGAGGGAAAUGGCGGGCUUUGAUGUUGAAAAUGGCGGCGGACCUGGUCGAAGUCCACUGGAAGGCAGCAGCCCAUCUUCUGGACUCAUCCUCCAGAACCUCCCCAGCGCCGGGAGUCGUUCCUGUAUCGGUCUGACAGUGACUACGAACUCUCGCCCAAGUCCGGGGUUUCUCGCCACUCAUCCAUGCAGAGCGAAGCACAGCAUGCCGAGGACCUCAUUGUCACCCCCUUCGCGCAGAUCCUGGCCAGUCUACGCAGCGUGCGCAACAACUAUGUCUCCCUCACCAACGUGCCCAGCAGCGCCAAGGAGAGGCCGCGCCGCGGGUCGUCGGGUCCCCACGCCCAUGGGUUGCUGGCCAACGCCCAGGCGCCCGGCUCGCCGUCGCCGCAACAUCACUUGAACGCCCAGGACCCAGCCUCCUUGUCCACCCUGUCACCCGGCACCCCACGGAUACAGGACGAGGCCUACAUGAAGCUGGCAAUGGAAACCCUGGAGGAGCUGGACUGGUGCAUGGAGCAGCUGGAGACGAUACAGACUCACCGCUCUGUCUCCGACAUGGCGUCCAGCAAGUUCAAGCGAAUGCUGAACAGGGAAUUGAGUCACUUCGCAGAAUCCAGCAAGUCUGGCAACCAGAUUGCUGAGUACAUCUGCAGCACCUACCUCGACAAGCAGCAGGAGCUGGACCUGCCCACGGUCAAGGUCGAGCAUGCGGAGCCCAUCAGAGAGCGCAGCGUGCCGGAGAAGAACCGUCCAAUGUCCGAGAUCUCCGGCGUGCGCAAGCUGAAGCACACCAACAGCUUCACCGGCAUCGUGCCCAAGUAUGGUGUGGAGACGCCGCACAUGGAGGAGCUGGGCAAGUAUCUGAGCAACUUGGACAAGUGGGGUGUAGAUUUGUUCAAGAUUGCAGAAUAUUCCAACAACCGUCCGCUCACCUGUGUGACAUAUACAAUAUUACAGGAACGCGAGUUGGUGAAGAACUUCAAGAUCCCGCCCUCGACGCUCGUCACCUACCUUAUGCACCUGGAAGACCACUACCAUCGAGACACACCUUACCACAACGCAAUCCAUGCUGCCGACGUCACACAGUCCACUCAUGUUCUUCUGUCAGCAACUGCUCUUGAGAAUGUGUUCACUAGUCUGGAAACAUUAGCAGCAAUCUUUGCCUGUGCUAUCCAUGAUGUUGAUCACCCUGGCCUGACCAACCAGUACCUGAUCAAUUCAAGCUCAGAGCUGGCCCUCAUGUACAAUGAUGAGAGCGUUCUUGAGAACCACCACCUGGCUGUGGCUUUCAAGUUGCUGCAGGAGGACAACUGUGACAUCUUCAUCAACCUCUCAAAGAAACAACGGCAGUCAUUGAGAAAGAUGGUCAUUGACAUGGUGCUGGCCACAGACAUGUCCAAACACAUGAGCCUCUUGGCCGACCUCAAAACCAUGGUGGAGACCAAGAAGGUGGCCGGCUCUGGUGUCUUGCUGCUGGACAACUACACUGACCGCAUACAGGUGCUGCAGAACAUGGUGCAUUGUGCAGAUCUCAGUAAUCCCACAAAACCACUGGAAAUCUAUCGUAGCUGGGUUGAUCGGCUGAUGGAGGAGUUCUUCCACCAAGGUGAUCUGGAGCGACAGCAAGGGCUAGACAUCUCCCCAAUGUGUGACCGACACACUGCCACUGUUGAAAAGUCACAGGUGGGAUUCAUUGACUACAUUGUACAUCCGCUGUGGGAGACAUGGGCAGACCUAGUGUACCCAGAUGCAGCAGAAAUCUUGGACACACUUGAAGACAAUCGUGACUGGUACCAUUCAAUGAUUCCUAUCUCCCCAUCAUCAUCUUUCUGUUCAAACACUGCUGCUGAUGAGAAGGAGACAGAACAUACCUCCAAUCGCUUUCAGUUUGACAUUGAAGAAGAGGAAGGUGAAGGGGAGGGAAGUGAUCGACAUAGCUCGGGAAGCGAGCAUUCGGUCAUUCAGGUCAGGGCUGGCAGUGGCGACAGCAGCAGCACCGGCAACUCCACCACCACCACCUCUUCCACCACCAGCAGGCGCAUGAUGGAGAAGAAAUGACUGCCAACUGCCCUGACUGCCUGCUGUUGCUGCAGGUUGAGAGAAACUCAGAAUCGAAAGGCGGUGGCGAGCAAACUGUGAGUCACUGCCCAGCCUGGCUUGUUGGAGAAAUCAAGGCUCAAGUGUGCAGGCAGACAGGGCAGUGCAGGCACCAAGGAAGGCGAGCUAGCAGGUGACUGCAUAGGACGGGCAGGCAAGGGCAAAUUGCUGCAGUGGUGAGCUGUGGCUACAGGAUGCAGCCUGUUGGCUCUGCGUAGUUAUCCUUGACAUUGUCUCUCCCUUGUGCACAAAGAGGGACUCAUGGUACUGGUGUGACUGUUCUUCAUUGUAUUAACCACAUUUGUGACACCCAGUAGACGUUUACAGUUUGCUGAUCAGGCAGACUUUUUUUUUUUUCUGGUGUAGUGAGCCAACUCCAGCUACCUGGCAGCUGAAGGUUGGUACUCUGUGCACCUUGAGAAGUUGCAAGCUUUCUUUUGCAAGCCCUAUGUUUAACCUUAACACACAGGCUCAACACAGUAGACCUAUUUGCACCCAGGUGACCUUCUCAGGGACAAUAGACAGUACAGAAGCUCAACGAAGUUAAAAUAAUUUGUAAAGUCUGAUCGCAGACUGGUGGCAAAGCAAGCAGUAAAAGCUGCUGCUUUAUAGACCUUGUGCAACAGGGUAGGUGGAGUGACUCCAGUUAGAGAACUCUGGCUAGGUGGAGUAACUCCAGUUAGAGAACUCUGGCUAGGUGGCACAAACAUGCCAUGGACGACAGCUGGCUUCCAUCCUGUCCCAAACACCAUGCAGCCCCCUCUUCUGUGUGGGUUUGGGUGACCAGGGAUGAAUCACCCAUAUGCUAAGUGACACAACCCAUUGCAUUUUUUGUUUUGUUUUCUUGAGAUCUCACCAAUCUCUGGUCUUUGCAAGUUGGUCCACAAAUCAGCAUGAUGCUAGCAUUGCUAUUUCUUGCAGGACAUUCGACAAAAGAAACUGUAGGCCAUCUCUAGGUGCACUCAGCGCCAGAAAUGGAGGCUUCAUCCAACAUUGUGUUAGUAAUUCUCAAACCUAACAGUGCAGAGCAUAUUAAGACUGAUGAAACAAAUUGGGAAGCAAGGACAGUCAUUUCACAUUCUUCCAUGUGUAUAUGGAUGUUCCUUGUUUAAGUUUGUUUCUAUUUCAUUGCUGUUAGUAGAACCUUUAUUUGGGCUACAUGCCCACAAGCUUGGUCUGAAAUCAUAGUCUUCAGAGGACAAAGCAUCAGCGGAAAGUGCUUUCUUUUCAUGCGCAAAGUGCAAACCUUAACAAGUACAAGUAGCCAUGCAAGGACUUAAUGGUUGUACAGUGACAAACAAGUUCAGAUGACUGCUUGGCUGGAUUAAUUGUGUAUAUUGCUAAUUUGUAGCGUAAAUUAUCUUACGUUUGUACGAGUUUCGGUAGCUGGCCCAAUGACUGGGUCAGCUUUGCGACCUGUGAUACUUCUGUUUUUAAUUCUUUUAACUGUCCAUGCUAGUGCAGGGCCAGAGUAGUUCUCAUUCUUUUUUCCCAUUACUCUAGCCGGCAAUCAUCUCCCCUUCCAUGGCUUUCUCAUUUAAUUUAUUUAUCACAAAAUCAGACCACAGCACCUAGUAGCCUCAUCUCCAUAUGUUGCCAUGACCUCACCAGGUGAGACCCUGUACUUCACCUCACCAAAGCAUAUCAAAACCAUUCUCAAACCAAACAUAACUGCAUAAAAAAGCCAAGAUUUUGAAGUAUAGCCUAGUUUGCUUACUGAUGUCUGAUGCUGUUAAACUUUUAGAGUCGUGUGCUGUUCACCGAUAGGACAACGUAUGUGAGAGAGAGCAAGAACAAGCAAGCAAAAGAGAGUGACUGGUGCAUUGUUUUAAAAUGCAAAUAGAUUUAACUUUUUAAAUUUUACUAACACGUCGUUGAUUGGUGUCACUGAAAGUACCAUGCCCUGGAGAAUGUCCAGAGUUUGUAUGUGUGUGUGGACGCGUGCAUGCGCACAUGUGCGCCUGCAUGAAUGUGCAUGGAUAUGUUUGUGUCCUACUGGAUUUAUAAAUGUUUUAAGAAAUUUAUUUAUUUUUAUUGUCUGCUGUGAUAUUUGAGUGUCAAGUGAGCCUGUACAAUGGAUCCGGAUGGAGGCAUAUUUUCUCGUUUUUUGGUGUACAAUCAGCUGAGCUGAAGUGCCAGUAGACUAGCACAGUAGCAGCUCAGUUGCAUCUUCAUUACCAGGUUUGCUUGGUACCUCCUUCAGAAACACAGUAUUCCAUUAUUGAGAGCUCAGAUAUAACAAAUAUGUGUGUGUUGUGAGAAAACUUCCUGUAGCCAAUGAGUGUCUAUCACUGUGGUUUCUCUGCUCUCCUCACAUUUGGGUCUACGCAUUGCUGGGGUUGUUUGGUUGGUUGGUUUGUGGUUUUUUUGUUUCUUUUUUUUUUUAAACCAUGAUGGAAAGCCUUUACUUUGGUUCAUUUAUUUUUUUUAAAGGGGGGAUUCUCUCUGCAACUUUAGGUAACACUGUUGUAAGCAGUCUAAACUGCUUGUAGCAGAUCAUUCACUGUCUUGAUUGGAUGUUGGUUUUCUGUGCGUUAAUUAAUCAGUUUCUGCUCAGUUAUAGCCAUGCUAAACCCAUCUCACCCGUGGGAUAUCUCAUAGCUGGAGAUCUUUCCUUUGGGUGCAAUUUUGUUGUGAUGUUGAUGAUGAUGAAAUAGUAGCUAGCCUUUCAGUGAUCUGAUGACUAGAGUGGUCGCAUAGGUUGCAGACUAGCACCACUCCAUGCCUGUAGAAGAAACCUUUUGAAAAAAAACCCUCCAGCAGCUUUGGCGGGAUCCUCAGUGUGUUGUUUGUGGAUGAUCCAUUUGGUGUAAGUGUGUUUCUCUCCCCUCCCAAUCCCCUUGCUCAACAUUUGACCCCGCCCACUUACAUGACCUGCCCGACAUUGGUUCCGUCUGCCUUCUUGAGCAUAAUGAUGACUACUUAUACAGGUGGACCGAAUUCAGAAGUGUUUUGUAUUGCUGCAAGUGUACAUUUUCUUUUUUGUCCUUUCUAAGCCAACAACCAGCCACCUCACUAACCUGUCUUGAAAAACCCUUUGCAGCAGCAUUUGCAGAAUUCUUUACAUCCUUUACCUAAUGUAGCGACUGGUAGUAUGCAAAUAAGUGAAGUCUGUGUUGCUAGAAGACAGUUUUGCUGUGUUGCUGACCUGUGUCCAUUGUUUAGUCAGGCACCUUAGGAUUGAUGCUUACAUGUGAACGGUUCAAACAUAUCUGUCACAGGAGGAAAUGAGAUAAAAACUGAGGUUGUGUAACGUACCUUGUCACAGUGAUUUUACGCUCAAACUAUGGAAAGACUUUAUGAAAUUAUUUUACACUUCUGUGGGAGUUUCAAUAGCUGUGUUUUAUUUGCAGUCAUGAUAACUGUCAAUAGUAGACAGUAUAAGAGCUAUGCAGCCUAGAUGAACAAACAUGCAUGCAGCAGAUAAAUGUCUCUUACAGUCUUUCCAUACCUCUAUGCGAAGAUUUUCUUUGAGAGAGAAUAAAUUACAUCAUUUAUUAUAAUGAGCACUUUUAAGGAAGAAAUUUUUUAAUAAUCUACAGCAUACCAAAGUUCUCUUAUGAAAAUGUUUGGCACCAACUUUUUUUCCUUUCUUAUGCUUCAGUAUUUGAGUCCUCUCCAAGAGUUUUAUGUUCACACUGAUCAUGCAGGUUGACAAGUUCUGAGCAGAUGCCCGUUUUGUUGCAGUUCUCUGAUUUUGACAAAGUAAAUUUGUUGAUAUAAUCUAGUAGUGUACGCUGUAAGAAUGACUUGCACUGAAAAUGAUGAUGUCAGUAAGGUGUACAACAUAGGUGUGUGCAUGUUGAUAGAGGGAGCUAUACGACAGUUGUGUACUGUUAUUGAACAUUGGACAGCUAAAGGUAGACAUUAACACUGUUUCCACUCAUCAGGUUGACUGUCGAUGCUUAGAGGCUGCAAUGUACACACCCCAGCCAAAGAGCUAGUCAUUUUGCAAGUUUUUAUCAUGUGAUAUUGCUCUUUGGGUCCUACCUGUGGUUCCUGGCUUGCAGAACCAGCUGAUAUUAAUAAACUAUUGAGCUCAAA